UUAUUUAUAAUAAAUUGUUUUUUUCGUUGAUCAGCUUUAUACGAUCUUAUUAAUUUUAGUAAAUUUGCAGAUCAAUAAUAUACAGUAUUCGAAUUGACGUGUGUAUUGCGUAUCUUAUUUAUAUGGUAACGGGCAGAGAGAACCACGCAUUUCGACGCGUGACAGAUUCACGGAUGCUUGCGACAGUCGACGAUCAAAACAAUGACAGAGGUCGAGUAGCUGUUAGCAUUAGCACCUGUGGUGGAAUAACAGUUUCCUGCCGUUCUUUACGUGAGUUUCGACAAAAGCCCGUUUAUCACAGAUUAGGAACAUAGGUCAGGUUACAGCAUAUAUGUUUACAAGGCUUCAGCCUCACGCAGAUAGCAGAGCUAAGCUGGUAACGGCCUAGAAAAACUUGCAUGGUGUUUGAGUACUAUCGCAUCACGAAGCAAGCGGUCGUGGAUGUACGCGGAGUGCACACGGAAUCCUCUAUUUGAUAAACUAGCAAAAACAAUAAAUCACGGGUGAACACACAGCAUUCCAAACACUAUAUUUGUCCUUUACACUGAAGGAGACUUUAAUAUAACGAGACUGUGUAUAGGCAGAAGUCAUGGAAUCGAAAGCAAGAAAUCGAAUUAAUAACGACUAUACCAAGUUUUUCUACGCGACGAUGUGUCACGUUUGCAAACGGUUUGGCGACGGCGUCCUUUUAAAGAGGUGCGGUGACUGCAGGAUGAUCUCCUAUUGUGGUAAAGAACAUCAGAAGCAGCACUGGGAGCAGCACAAACCUUUGUGCGAAGCCAUACGGGACAUGCCGCGAGACUACAGGAUGGAUUAUCGCGGUGAAACUGCAGAGGAAUGGGCCAAAAAGAAGAUGUUCUUCGCGCAGCUAGUGUCGUCCAGGCUGGGACGUCGCCUGCAUGUGGAUGAGAAGGAGAUUAUCUAUUUUCCAAAAGAGUGUCUAGUUUGCCACGAACGGGAGUCGUUGGAGAGUUGUCAGAAGUGUGCUGCCAGCUUUUGUCAAAUUCACAAAAACAACCCUGACCACUGGGGCAUCUGCGCUCCCCUGCAACUACGUUUUUACAUAGAUUUAAAUGAGAUAGGAAAGGGAAACGGACUUCCGGAUAUUCCUGUCGUGCGGGAAGAUACUUCCUGCACUAGUACAUUUCAGAACAUGAGAGACUUUAUAGAGGCUCGUUGGAAUAUUCAGACUGACUCGCAGAUGUUGUACGAUGUCAGGGUGGGCGAACUCUCAAGAGAUCUGACGUGUCCCUUGACGCUGUUUUAUGCUGUGAAAUUGUUAAACUAUGAUUUAAAAGGCACAUUUUUAGUCAUUCAUAUUGUAGGUGCAACGUGCAUCGACAAAGCUUUGGUACGGAAGUGGAAAUUUUUUCAGAUGUUAAUGAAGAGACUGAUAUCAAUAAAGAUUGUAAUGAUAGGGCCGGGCUUAAAACAUAAAUUCGAUCCGUUACGCACUGAUGACUUUCUUGGGGAAAACAAAUAUUUGUUUUUUGAGUACCACGAUGUGUCAUACGAGAAAUAUGUGCGCAGUUCGUCAUUCAAAAAACCGAACUUGAUUUUUGGAUUUUCUGUGACUAUUGAUGAGAAAGAUAAGGAUUAUGAGGAUCUUGUCUUUAAUAAGGAUAUAUCGGCGCCAUCCAUACAAGCGUUAGCGAAACAGAAUUGUCCGUUCGUCUUAACGUUUACUGUGCUACAAUGUUUUCAGGAGCAGAUAAACAAAAUAAACACAAUCCUGGGUAAGGAGGUAGAUUAUCUGUAUAAGGGAAAGAACCCAUUUGCCGAAUGUACACCGCAAAGAGGCUUUGGGUACGUAAACUACGUUAAUCAGUAUUUAGUUAUUUACCGAAGUCUUUGUUCGUAAAUGAUAUGCGUAAUUUAAGUUACCGAUACAAACUGAAGGCUGUGUUUCAUGCCGAAAAAAACGUUGCGCCUGCGAAAUGAAAGAAUAUGAGUUAAAUGGAAUUUUACGUUUAAAAAAUGCAACGGAAGGGACACAGAGAUAACUGUAUGAACUAUAACCGCGAAUCGCAACGCGUUAUCACGAAAUAAACUGCAAAAGAUUGAAAUCCGACAUUCCGGAAUGUCUUAUACUUAUAUUUAUAAUCCAAGAAGCCAUUAUUUACUUGUUGAAUUGAUUAUCUUAUAUCUUAUAUAGUACAGCAUAUAAAUGGAUUAUAAAUAUAACAGGAGUGGAUGUGGUAACGUCAAAUAUUAUUACAAUAGUUUUUAGUUCUGUUUGUAAUGAAGACAAACCUUUUCGAUAAUUUUUAUAAUAAAAUUUAUAUCUUUGUAAUAAAUAUGUAUCAAGCAUCUAUAUAUGAUGGUAAUAAUUAUUUCUGUUUCGAUAUUUUCUGAUAUCACAUGUGUGAAAGGCCGACAGCUUCUUGUGACAGUCUUUGAUCGUAAAUAAUGGCAGAGAUUGAGUGUGUGGUCCUGGCUUCCUAUCCUUCUUUACGUGCAGAAAGUACAAUAAGUGCAUGUAAAAGGAACAAAGUGAACAGACCUUGAAUCAUCUGAUUUCGAGAUUCGAGAUUCGAGACGUGAACGACUGAGCACUGAGCAGUGGGCUCCUUUCAAGUUGUCGGAUCGUAUAAUUGGAAUUGAUUGGAACAAGCGUGAUCGAAUCACCACAUAGAU